AAACGAAGACCCAAUUAAAAAUCCCCACUUUCCCUACUCUUCCCUGAGACCCUUCUUCCUGGCUCAUUUUUCCAUUUUAGCAACUGGAAGAAUCAGAUAAAAGAUAAUUAAUAUUUCUUUCAGUUUCAGCCUUAUUUAUUUUACUUUAUUGUUUAAACAGUUUGAUUCGAGGAACCCUAGUUUCCCCAACUUCAAAGACUAAUCGAAAAGGUUCAAGCUUUGGGAGAAGGUCAUUUCCGAAACGGAGACUCUCGAUUGAACCCGUGGCAUGCAAUAUCUGAAGCGAUGCCGUCGUCCUUCUUAUUCAACAAAUUUUGUGGGAAUCACAUUUAUGAGCUGGAAUAGGAGAUCCUGGCGUUAUGAGCUUAUCAUCUUGGUGUGGUGAGCUGUAUAGUUAGGUGCUGAUAGUUCAUGCCAUAAAAGGACCGGAACCAUGGGAGAUGGUAAUAAUACCUCGGGCAGAGGCAUUGCAGCCAACAAUACUACCUCGUCCAGCAAUAGUGAGAAGCCAGAAUGGCUGCAGCAGUACAAUCUGCUUGGAAAGAUUGGUGAAGGUACUUAUGGUCUUGUGUUCCUGGCAAGAAUCAAGUCUCAAACAAAUCGAGGAAAGUGCAUUGCCAUAAAGAAGUUCAAACAGUCCAAGGAUGGGGAUGGUGUAUCACCCACUGCCAUUCGUGAAAUCAUGUUGCUUCGGGAGAUUACACAUGAGAAUGUUGUGAAGCUUGUGAAUGUACACAUUAAUCACGCAGAUAUGUCGUUAUAUCUGGCUUUUGAUUAUGCUGAAUAUGACCUCUAUGAAAUCAUUAGGCACCACCGGGACAAGGUUAACCAUGCCAUCAACCAGUACACCGUUAAAUCAUUGCUCUGGCAGCUGCUUAAUGGACUGAACUAUCUCCACAGCAACUGGAUCAUACAUAGAGAUCUAAAGCCAUCAAAUAUAUUGGUUAUGGGUGAUGGUGAUGAACAAGGAGUAGUCAAAAUUGCUGAUUUUGGACUGGCAAGGAUUUAUCAAGCUCCCUUGAAGCCAUUAUCUGAAAAUGGUGUGGUCGUAACUAUUUGGUAUCGUGCACCUGAGUUGCUUCUUGGUGCGAAGCACUAUACUAGCGCUGUUGAUAUGUGGGCUGUUGGAUGCAUUUUUGCUGAGCUUUUGACUUUGAAGCCACUUUUUCAAGGAGCAGAAGCCAAAUCCACGCCAAAUCCUUUUCAACUUGAUCAGCUGGACAAGAUAUUUAAGAUUUUAGGCCAUCCCACCCUAGAAAAGUGGCCUACGCUUGGAAAUCUUCCACAUUGGCAGUCAGAUUCGCAGCACAUUCAAGGACACAAGUAUGAUAAUGCUGGACUUCAUAGUGUUGUCCAUCUUUCUCUCAAAAGUCAUGCAUUUGACCUCUUAUCUAAAAUGCUUGAAUAUGAUCCUCGAAAGCGUAUUACAGCAGCGCAGGCCUUAGAGCAUGAGUACUUUAGGAUUGAACCCCUACCAGGUCGCAAUGCACUGGUACCCAGCCAACCUGGAGAGAAAAUAGUCAAUUAUCCUACUCGUCCGGUAGACCAGAACACUGAUUUUGAAGGGACGACUAGCAUUCAACAAUCACAACCCGUGUCAUCUGGAAAUGCAGUUGCUGGCAACAUGGGAGGUGCUCAUGCAGGGAGAAAUGGUUCUGUCAAUCGGCCUAUGCCAGCUCCCAUGCAAAGAAUGCCUCAGGGCAUGAUGGCUUAUAAUUUCCCAGCUCAGGCUGGAGUUGCUGGUGGAAUGAAUCCAGGAGGCAUCCCAAUGCAGCGGAAUAUUGCUGCCCAAGCCCAUCAGCAGCAACAGUUGAGAAGGAAAGAUCCAGGAAUGAACAUGCCUGGAUACCCUCCACAGCAAAAAUCAAGACGCCUGUAAGAACUGAACAUCUAAUGUGUUGAUCAUCGGAAUGUAAUUGAGCAAGAUGUUGUAUUCUUUCAAUUUCAGUAUAAGAUUAAACUUAUUUUAUGGAAUUUACAACCUGUUGACCUACGA